AUGACAGCCCUUUGCGAGCAAGAAAAGGAGUGGAUUUUCAAGGUAGCGGAGCCACGGCUCCUGGCCUUUGGGAAAGCCCCUUCGCUCCUAGUGUCUGCGGCCACUUCAUGUGCCUCGCCCCUCUUCAACCUGAUCCUGAGGACCGUGAAGGAGAAGCUCUUCUGGUGGCGCGUGGUCGCUGCCGUAAGUAGCUGGACAAUGGCGCAAGCAAGGGCCGUGUCGGAUGCAGCCCAAGCGGCGGCACAGGCCACAGAAGCCGCGCAAGCGGUGAUGGCGAGCGCCCACGAGGCGCGGCGGAUAGAAGCUCUCUCGCGCUUCAUCCAAGAGCCCGACAUGUACAAGCCCGACACCAGGGAGCAGGAGAUCGACCAGUGGACCGACUGGCGGCACGUGAUGCGGAACUACUUGGGCGUUAUCGACGCCAACUACCUCACGGAGAUGGACGAGGUGGAAGCGAGGACCAACGAGGAGGCCCGCCUGAAUGCCGCGACGCACCCAGCGGGCAAGGAGGAGCCGGGAGCUCUACGCUAUCCUGGCCAGCUUCAUCCGGAACCGCCCCUUGAAGAUCCUACGGAACAUCGCCGGCAGCUGAUGCGGGAGAUGCAGCCGAAGACGCCGGUGAUUUCGGCAGCCAAGGCAGUACGGCCCGCGCCCCACUUGGAGAUCUUCGACAUCUCGGAGGACACCGUCGCGGACUUCGCGCUGGAGCCGGCCGGGCCCUACUUCGUGCAGAUGGUGACCCAGGCGGCCGUGGACCACGAGGGCGAGGAGGACACGAUGAUCAUCUUGGACUCCGGCGCCGACGCCAGCAUGGGCAACAGGAUCGAUGGCGGCACGCACUGCAAGUUCGACUUCUGGUUUGUGGCCGGCGACGGGCGGCGCUUUGCUGUGCGUGAGCAGUGUGUGGUUGGAAAUGUGCAAGUCCAUUUGCUUGCCAUCGGGAAAUUGCUGAGGCGAGGAUGGCAAGUGAUCAACGACGGCGAGGUCAAGCUCCAGGACCCCUUCGGGAGAGCGGCAAAGGUGGCGUUUCGCCACAACAGUUGGGCACUAAGAGGCGACAUCCGGAGUGUGGCAGCGACCCCGGCCGUGCGAGCUUUGACCGAGGACCCAAGGACACUGCCACCGGCGCCCCCGCACAUUGAGCUGCCGGCGUACAUCCAGGACAUCGUCGGGCGCGAGGGCAUGCAUGAGCUACCUCACGGCAUCAAGGGAAGACAUGCGACGACGAGCCGGCCUCGACACGCCGAUGGUGUCGCGGGCCCGACCAAAGGCGGCGAAGUCCUGAAGAGGUACGCGGAGGAGCUGCUGAGGUUUACGAUUGCCCUCCACGACCAGGAGCGGAUCGUCUUGCAGUCGGACGCGGAACCCACUAUCAAGGCAGUGGUUCGCACCACGGGCGACCACAAGCGAACGGACAUGGAGGAGAUCCACGGCAAGAUGGCUGUGGGUUCUGACGUGCGGCUGUGGGCGGCCUUCGGAGGAAAACCCUACAACGGCAAGCUCUGCAUCUUCGGGGAAACCGUCUACGACAAGAUGGUGACGCCAUACAAGGGCGGCGCCCAAUGGAUUGCAGGAGCUUGGGUGGGACCGAACCCAGCCAACGGCACCCACAACAUCCUCACCGACAAGGGCGCCAUCAUGAGCUCGCUCAGAAGCCUUCACGUGUUGCGCUGGCAUCGCACCAAGCCAGUGGCAGCACAUCCUACUGGGGUAACUAUGCUCGGCGGCAGAGUAACAGCCACCCAGCAAGUUUUGUGGGCUCCCGUGGCUGGCGGCCAGUGA